AUGGACUUCAAUGGAACAUGGCAGGUUUACGCCCAGGAGAACUACGAGGAGUUCCUCAGGGCCAUGGCACUCUCAGAGGAUAUUAUCAAGGUAGCCAAGGAUGUCAAGCCCAUUACUGAGAUCAAGCAGAAUGGCAAGGACUUUGUUGUCACCUCCAAGACCCCUGGAAAGUCUGUCACCAAUGUAUUCACCAUCGGCAAAGAGGCUGAUAUCACCACCAUGGACGGCAAGAAGCUCAAGUGCAUUGUCAACAUGGAGGAUGGCAAGCUGGUGUGCAAGACUGGCAAGUUCUGCCAUAUCCAGGAGAUAAAGGGAGGAGAGAUGAUUGAGACUUUGACCAUGGGCUCCACAACUCUCGUCAGGAAGAGUAAGAAGAUGUAA